AUGUCCUCGUCUAUCCCGGCAUGUUGCAUCUGUUCCUCGGUGCUGGACACGAUAGACUCAAAGACUGAGAAGCCCACCAUCGCUGCCCGCCACCUCUCCUGCUGCGAGCGGCCCGUCUGCCAACGAUGCAUUACAAAGAAUCCUCGCUACAACUCGUAUUGCCCAUAUUGCCAAAUCUCCACAGAUCCGCAAUCUACACUACCUCAGGGCCUUCGUGACCCUCCGCCAUACAAUGGCACACAAGACUCUGCUCUACCACUAUCCGAGAAAGAGCAUGACGCACCGCCUGCCUACUCUACACAUGAGCCGUCGCAGCCCCCGUCAGAGAAGCCGCGCGAGAAUGCCCCAGAUGUGUUACAUUUCUUGACACCUAUCGACACCGCUCUCUCAUUAUCUCUCGCCUAUGGUGUACCUCUUCCUGCCUUGAGGAAGGCCAACAACGUAUUUGCAGACCAUCUCAUUCAGGGUCGCAGAACCGUCAUCAUUCCUGGAGAGUACUACAAAGGCGUGAGUCUAAGUCCUAGACCAAUCGAAGGUGAGGAAGAGGAAUUGCGCAAAUCAAAGUUACGCCGCUUCAUGGUGACAUGCAAAGUAUCCGAGUAA